UGUUUCAGUGCUAGAAAAUCAUCACUGGCGAUCUACAAUAGGCAUGCUUCGAGAGUCACGGCUCCUCGCCCAUCUGCCUAAGGAGGUGACACAGGACAUCGAGCAGCAGUUGGGCUCCCUGAUCUUGGCAACAGACAUCAACAGGCAGAAUGAGUUUUUGAUCCGUCUGAAAUCUCACCUUGACAAUCAGGAUUUGAGGCUGGAGGAUGCACAAGACAGACAUUUUAUGCUUCAGAUUGCACUCAAGUGCGCUGACAUUUGCAACCCUUGCCGGCUCUGGGAUCUGAGCAGACAGUGGAGUGAGCGGGUCUGCGAAGAGUUUUACCGACAAGGUGAUCUGGAACAAAAAUUCGAACUGGAAAUAAGCCCCCUUUGUAAUCAGCAGAAGGAUACAAUACCAAGCAUACAGAUUGGGUUCAUGACGUACAUCGUAGAGCCACUCUUUGAGAGGUGGGCCCAGUUUACAGGCGAUACCCCCCUAUCUGAAAAUAUGCUAAACCAUCUCAGGAGGAACAAGGCCAAGUGGAGGAGUUUGCUCCACAAGCAACACAGCAGUAGUAGGAGCAGUGACCACUCAGGUCAAGUGACUGAAAGCCAAGAACAGACUUUAAAUGAAGAAGAGACUCCUUAGUGGCAGCUUUGCACUUUGCCGUGUAGCACUGCUAUCUCCGUCUUGAUCACAGCAGCAAACAAAAUCCUGGGGAGCUAGGAGCCUAUUGUCAAGACCAUGGAAAGGGAAGAAUGGGUAAAGCAGAAGCUGUAAGGGUCCUCAUGAACAAGCCCGCAGUUCUGCUGGGUUCCUUUCUGGAUCUCUUUCAUGUUCCUCUCUCCUCUCUUCAUUCUGCACAUGCCCGAUGCCAUUCAUCACUUCUGAUCGUGAACUGCCUGAAUGUGGAGUCCUAGUCAGCAGUACCGAAACCGGGCCGGUUUUGGCUGCCGUGAAGAUGACGUGAAGCAGGGAGGAUUACUCAGAGAACAGGGAAGAUAGAGGCACUCUUGGUUAUGUAUUCAUUUACCACGAGUCAUGCUGUGACAUAUAGGCCCAGAGCACCAUAUGCUUUCCAGGCGGGCAGCUGGGCUGCACAUUAAACCACCAGCAUCUUCAGCAUCCAGAGGACACUGGCUGAGUGAGACAGUGCUCGAGAGAGCAGAGAGUCUGGUUAUUUUAGUAAUUAAAACAAAAACCUUUUUAACUUUUGUAUUCUGUGCACUAAACAACAGAUCUAUAAACCUUGGACUGAAGUUACUCUCUGCAUACACAACUCCAGUGUAACAAGGCUCAUUUUGGUAAUCAUUUUUAUGCCACUUCUUUGGAUAAAAGACGGGCAUCUUCUCAUUGCAAGGAACGGUAUUCCCUCGCAAACGAAAGGGAAGGUGUUGUACAGUCUAAACCUUUGAAACAUGAACAGAUCUAUCUUUUGAGUACUGUUUCAAGUAACGUGUUUAUAUUCAUGUGUGUACAUUUUCUGUAAAUACAAAGUGCUACUGAUUCCCAUGCCAAAAUACUGGAGUACUGUGGGAUUGCUACCUGUAAAAACAUUGGCACUGUGAACAGAAUACUGUUAGUUUUAAUACAAGAGAAAGCAUUUGUAAAUAUGGUAUAGAGUUUAUUAAUAUACACCAUUGUUUGUGGAUAAAAGCCUUAACUUCUAGCAUCCUUCAUCUUCUGAUAGCUGCCAAAAUCAUAUGAUCACAAGAUAUGAUUCUGAACUGCCUUUCCACUAUCCAAGGUGUAUCAAAGGUCAUUAAGGAAUGAAGUCUGGCAGGAUAACUUCUUGAAAACUUCAAACACAUUCCAUAUGGGUCCGUGUUGUAAAUCCAUGGUACCUUGCACAUUUGGUCUAGGCAAAUGCUUCACAGGGCCUGAAGUUUAAGUUCAAAAAAACCCAAAACCCACAGCAACACCACAGAAUUUGACAGUUCAACCUGAUUACCAUUUGAAGAGUGUGAAUUUUUAUCAAAUAGCUUAGUGAUCUACAAAGCACAACAUUCUAUAGUUCUGGAAUCCAGUUUUUUUCUUGAGUGAUGUUGCAGUGUAGCUGAUUUAUUUUCCCCAUAUUCCCUCCUUA